CGUCUCGCAAUUAGAUCUUGGGUUCUUUUGAUACCCCGGAAAUUCUUGUCACCUCGAUCGGUUGCAUAAGUCCGUAUUGUCAAUGACGAAGUAAUACCGGAAACUAGACGCGGAUGUGUAUGAUUUCCACUGGCGACAUAAUUGACAACAAUCCUGCCGUUAGAUCCUCAUGGAUCAAUAAAGAAUGAGAAAGAAAAGAAAAGAAAAUCAUGGCAGAAUGAGAAAGUAGGAAAGUGGUGCACAGGAUGGAGGUGGGGGUGGGUGGUUGGCGAAAGGACUACUUUUAAGCUACAGAAAUAUGUUCUUUGUUUCCUGGAAAUUGAUAAGGGAUUCGAAUCUAUCUAUACAGGUAACGGGCAUCCAUAUUAGAGAGCUAGCUUAGCUAUGGAGGAGCACAUGAAAACGAAGAUGAUUCAUGACGCAACAAGGAGAGCUGAUUUUGGAUACCUCACAAGAAUACUUGAUGCAAAUCCAGGUCUCCGUCUUGGCGAUGUCAAAUUUACUAGCUUCCGCAGAAAUCCUUUACAUAUAGCAGCUAUGAUCGGUCAUGUUGAAUUUGCCAAGAAAAUCCUGCUCUCGAAUCCACAGCUCGCUUCGGAGAUUGAUUCACAGGGAUUUACUCCUCUUCACUUGGCUUCCACAAGAAGUAAUGUUGGAAUGGUGAGGGUGCUGUUAGAUGCCAACAUAGAUGUAGAUGCAUGUACGGUUCAAGAUAAACCAAGAGAAAACAGACGAUACUACACUUAUGUGUUGAGCAUAAUAAAUUCGAGGCCCUAGAGAAGUUGGUAAGCUACUUGAUGUAUGCCCCAGGGCCACUUUCAAUUUCUGUCAACUCCAAAGAUAUUGACGGGAACACAAUCUUGCACCUGGCUGCAAAAAGAAGGCAAUUUAAGAUGGUGAGCUAUUUACUGGACAGUAAUGAUAUAGGAGUUGAUUUAGAUAUCGCGAACAAUGAUCAAUGCAAAGCUCUAGACAUGUUCGAACCAAAAGAAAUGGAUGACCUUGAAAUUGGUUGUUUUGAUUAUCGCGAGGCAGUAUUUAAGCAGAGAGUACCGUCAGUGAACACCUUAAUGGUCGUAGCAGUAAUGAUAGCGAGCGUUGCCUUUCAAGCUGCCACGAAUCCACCUGGAGGUGUUUUUCAAGAUGAUUCAAAGGUUGAUUCUCUAACUGACCCUGUUAUGUUUAGCUAUUAUCUGAGCUCCGUGAUUAACAACACCGAGGUAUCCGGUAAGUUUGGUUCAUAUCUACAGAAUCUUCCACAACAAAAUAAAACAAGCCGUCAUAGUAGUGGAGGAAGUAAUAUUACUGCUGAUGAGAUAAUUACAAAUAGUGCUAACCUUGCGAAGGCUCUUCUGAACACUACAUUCAGUGAUUAUAAUACGUCUGGUUGGAAGAGAGUAAAUGGACGAAUAUUAUAUCCAACUACAAUAGUAGUAGUAAUACUGGUGGUGAAGGUUUUUUCCCUUACCUGGUACGAUACGCUGGAACCACUAUCAUGUCUUAUACGUACCCAAGUAACUACCACGUAUACAUGUCUUGUUAGUUGUAUCGGGGUUCAUUAGUCAUCGAUCUAUCUCUCAGGUUCGACUGCUUUCGCUGCUGAUGGCUAUUUCGGUCACAAGUAUCAUAGUAGGUUACAUGGCAGUUAUCGAUACCUUAAGUCCACCUUUAUACACGUAUUCGGCAGUAUCACGUUUUUUAAGUUGGAUGUAUCUUGCCCUGUGGCUCGGGGGUGCCAUUGCCUGCUUUAUCUAUUCUCUUCUGAUGGCCAGAUUAGCAAAGAACUUUAGGGAAGAUUCGUUACGGGAUAGACUGAAUCAAGCCGGAUCCCGCCCAUAUUUUCAAGAACUACCGCCUAAAAUAUUAAUCCAUCAUACAUAUAAUCUCGAGGAUUUUCGUCGUGUUCUUAUUCUUUUUUUAUAUGUUGCUGUAAUUGGAGUCGUCUAUAACACUGUAUUAUCUUUGGGAAGGGGAAUCUGAUUCAGUCCUGAAAGUUUCAUCUUCGAUGAAAUAUUUUUCAUUAACAGGCUUACA